CCAUCGCGACAGAUUCUUCGCCUUAAAGGCAUCAUCGCGGUUAACGUACCAUUAGCUAGGAUUUCUCAAAGCAAGGUCAGUUUUGCUGCGUCGGACGUUCCCAUUGAGAAAUUGUCGCUUUCGAGAGGGCUUGUGAUGAACAAGUUUGAAAAGGAUUUCAUGAUAUACCCUGAAUAUACAGACACUGAUGAUGUGAAAGCAAUUCAGGGUUUCACGGAGAUAUUGAGGAAGUCUUUAAACUUGACAGUUGAUCACGAGGAGUUAGAGAAGCUUGGAACCCUAUCGGAUGCAGUCAUAGGGGCGUUGAAUGACAGCGCUGUCUUUGCGGCACUAGCGCCCUCGGAGUACGGUGGUCUUGGGUUGGGAUUUAAAGACCGUGUGAAGAUAUUCGAGGAGCUCAGUGUUGACUGGAAUAUCUAUGCAAACGUUGUAGUGAUGAAUGCUCUAACAAAUACUUUAAUACUAUUUGGAUCAGAAGAAUUGAAGCAAAAAUAUUUUCCUCUUAUUGCCAGCGGGAAGUGCCGUCCUGUUGUAGCUCUAGUACGAGACGAAUUGGUUUCCAGUCAUUGUUUGCCUCUGGCUGCAGCUACUGUAGGAUAUAGCAAACGCCUUCUUAACGAUUUAGCGGCAUUCUGUAACAAAACGUCAAGUCCAAGACAGCAGAGCACCACCGAAUUCGCCCUCAAGGUACAGAGUUUGAACUUCUAUUCGAUACUGCAUUUAAUGACCAUCUGUGGGAGCGAACUCACUGUUCAGGUUUACGCACUCGAAUCAGCCUCUUACUACCUUUCUGGACUCCUUGAUGAAGGGCUACCUGUAGUUUUAGAUAUUGAGAAUGCUCUACUUCACCGAUUAACUCGUGACGUAUUGCGGAGCAGUGUAUUCACAUGUGUAGAUUUGGCUGGCUUACGUGCAAUAAAUCCAGCUUUCCAUUUCGAAAAGGAUAUCCGUGACGUCACCACCUUGCUGUCGUUGGUCGGUGCUUUUUUAGUUGCGACAGUAAUUGUUACAUUUAGGAUUACGAAUGCCUUGAAGAGGUUGUUCCGUCAGGAGAAACUGGAAGAUGAGCUGCGUCAUCCAAAACUAACGCACUACAUCGCUGAACAUGCUCAUCCAUCUUUACAGAUGGCGUGCCAGGAUCUGGAGUUUUCCAUGUCUCGAGUGAACAAUGUAAUCUCCAAGCUUAUGUCUGAAAAAGGCAAAAAUGUUCAACAUGAUUUUGCUUCUCUAGAGCGGCUUGUCACGAUCAUUCAGAAUCAUUUGGUGAUGACAGCGGUGAUUUCGAGGUCCUCACGUUCUUACUCUAUAGGUUUGAGAAACAGCGAUAUCGAGAUCGCCUGGGCAACUUUCAUUUGUUCCAAGGUGUCUCGUGAGAAUUGGUUUUUGUUAGAAGCCUUGAAUGACUAUUAUGGUCUUAUACGGCUCAAUCCGUCCCUGCUCAACGUAGGAAAGGCCGUAUUCGACAUGGGAGGAUACCAAAUAGAAUCCCCUAUAGAACGGAAUUGGUAG